AGACACUGAAAAUGCGCAACUGGGUUGUUGGCGACAACCGCGUGUGUGUGUUCCUUUAACAUGCGGCUCCCAGCCGCUGUCCACAGAGGGUGGUGCUGAAACGGAAGAAUCGCGUUCUCUCGGCACUUGCAGCCAUUUUAUAGAAAACCUACACAACAAUGUCAUGAAAUAACAUCACCUGGACCGACAAGGCGUCCAUUUCGACCCCAGAAUCAAACGCCACGCCAUGGUGAAGAGGAAGAGCCUCGAUGAUGCCGAUCAGGAAUGUGGGAGAGGAAUUCCUUUCCCUAUACAGACCUUUCUCUGGAGACAGACCAGUGCGUUUCUGAGGCCAAAGUUAGGAAAGCAGUAUGAAGCCUCCUGCGUGUCCUUCGAACGUGUGCUGGUGGAGAACAAGCUGCACGGUCUGUCUCCUGCUCUCUCAGAAGCCAUCCAGAGCAUCUCUCGGUGGGAACUAGUACAGGCUGCACUGCCCCAUGUACUACACUGCACUGCCAUCCUGCUCUCCAACAGAAAUAAGCUAGGUCACCAGGACAAGCUGGGUGUGGCAGAAACCAAGCUGCUCCACACCCUGCACUGGAUGCUGCUGGAGGCGGCACAGGAAUGCAAUCACGACACUGGGUAUGGCAUAGGUGGGGGCCAGGGUUCUGGCUGGUCUGGGAGUAGCAGUGUUUUCAUCCACCAGUUGGAGAACCAGGGCUCCCCUGGCCGGCCGGCCCAGCACAGCAGCUCCCUGGAGGAUGAGGAGCACACCAGGACCAAGUUCUUCCACAAGAGCAUGGCCACUGUGGAGCUCUUUGUGUUCCUCUUUGCUCCACUUGUCAACAGGAUCAAGGAGUCUGAUCUCACCUUCCGGCUGGCCAGUGGCCUUGUGAUCUGGCAGCCUAUGUGGGAACACCGGCAGCCCGAUGUUCCUGCGUUCUCUGCCCUCAUCAAGCCUCUCAGAAACAUUGUGACAGCCAAAAGAAACUCUCCAUCAAACAACCAGAGGAGCCCAUGUGACUCUAUCAACCCGGGCUCUGCGGGCUUCCAGGUGGUUUGUGAAACCACCCAAUCAGAUUCAUCAUCUCCAGGAGCAGGAGUGCAAAGCUGUCGUCGUGGCAACUCCCUGGAAGUAGGUGGACCUUCCCAGGCCCCAAGGGACAAAGGAGUCACACAGAACAAAGCCCCCGCAGCAGUGCCGGCAGCAGUCCCCCACGCCCAGCGUUCCCGCUACGGGACCUAUUUCGACGUUGCCGUACUGCGCUGCCUGCUGCAGCCCCACUGGUCGGAGGAGGGGAUCCACUGGGCCCUCAUGUUCUACCUGCAGAGACUGAGGCAGAUCCUGGAGGAGAAGCCCGAGCGCCCUCCUGAUCCGCUGCCCCCCGUGCUGCCCCGGCCGCGCAGUAGCUCCAUGGUGGCCGCAGCCCCUUCCCUGGUCAAUACGCACAAGACGCAGGACAUGACAUUGAAAUGCAAUGAGGAGGAGAAGUCCCUGAGCACAGAGACCUUUUCCAAAGUGUCCAUGACCAACCUGAGGAGGCAGGCAGUGCCAGAUCUGUCUACGGACCUGGGCAUGAACAUCUUCAAAAAGUUCAAGAGCCGGAGGGAGGACCGCGAGAGGAAGGGCUCCAUACCGUUCCACCAUGUGGGCAAGAGAAGGCAGCGCAGGAUGGGCGUGCCGUUCCUCCUGCACGAGGACCACCUGGAUGUCUCGCCCACCCGCAGCACCUUCUCCUUCGGCAGCUUCUCCGGGAUCGGCGAGGAGCGGCGCGGGCUGGACCGGAGUGGCUGGCAGACCACCAUUCUCGGAAAAUUCACUCGGAGGGGCAGCACAGACACCACCGCCGACGUAGACAGCCUGAGUGCCAAACACUCCCAUUCCCACCACACCCUGCUCAGCGACAUCCCGGAUCACUCCAACAGCCACAGCGACAACACCGUAAAGGAAGUGCGGUCCCAGAUCUCCACCAUCACCGUAGCCACUUUCAACACUACGGUGGCCUCCUUCAACGUGGGCUAUGCGGACUUCUUCACGGAGCACAUGAAGAAAUUGUGUAACCCGUUACCCAUUCCUGAGAUGCCCAGCGAACCCCUGGCCUGUGCCAACUUGCCCCGCAGCUUGACCGAUUCUUGUAUCAACUACAGCUGCCUGGAGGACAGUGACAACAUUGAGGGAACCAACAACUUCAUCCUCAAGAAUGGCAUGCUGGACCUCACUGCAAUCCUGAGGGCUGUGUAUGUGGUCCUGACUCAUGACAUCAGCUCCAGGAUCUGCGACGUGGCCCUCAACCUGAUUGAGUGUCUGCUGCAGCUGGGCGUGGUGCCCUGCAUGGGAAAGAAGCUCUCCAAGACUGAGGACAAGGAGAAUGGGGAGGCGCGGAAGGAAGGAGGCAAUCACAGGGCAGGAGGAGCACAGGGGGGCGUGUCUGGAAGCAUGGGACCUGCUGCAGGGGGCGGAGCUGGGGGCGGGGGAGGGGGCGGAGAUGGCGGAGGGGGAGGAGACGACAUCAAGAACAACAAACAGCCGGGUGCUAAGGAUGACGGCACCCCUCAGAGCACGCACAAGCUGGCACUCACCAUGCUUAUUAAGAUCGUCAAGUCUCUAGGCUGUGCCUAUGGGUGUGGAGAGGGGCACCGCGGCCUCUCUGGUGAUCGCCUACGAAUGCAGGCUCAGAACUGUCUCACCAGUCUCUACAAGUUGGACAAGCUGCAGUUCCGGCAGACAAUGAGAGAAUAUGUGAACAAGGACUCUCUCAAUAACAUAGUGGACUUCCUGCAUGCCCUACUGGGCUUCUGCAUGGAGCCCAUUACCGACAAAUACGGAAGUGCAGGUGAGAGGUCCAGGAGAGCGAAAAAAAGAAACUUCGACAAGGCAGGUUUUGGGAAUAACUUUGCCACGGGCGACAGUAAGUCUGUGGCCCAGAGUAUGGAGGCUGUGGUGGUGGGCUGUAUGUUCAAGUCUCUGAUCACGCGCUGUGCCUCCACUACUCAUGAGCUGCACAGCCCAGAGAACCUGGGCUUGUAUUGUGAUAUCCGCCAGCUGGUACAAUUCAUCAAGGAGUCCCAUGGUAACGUCUUCCGCCGGGUGGCCCUGAGUGCACUCCUGGACAGUGCCGAGAAACUUACACCUGGGAAGAAACCUGAGGAAAAGGAGGAGCAGAAACCUCCAGGGCCCAGGAGGUCAGAAGCUGGGAAUGCGCCGGAGAGAGGCCAGCCAACCACAGCAGCUGAUGAAUGUCGAAGCUACAUAUCCAGCCGUCCACCUCAGACCCCCGAGCACGAGGAGCAGGUGCCUGGAGCUCUCCUGGGACGGAAGGACUUCUGGCGCAAAAUGUUCAAGUCUCAGAGUGCGGCCAGUGACACCAGCAGCCAAUCGGAGCAGGACACUUCGGAGUGCACCACCGCCCACUCGGGCACCACCACCGACCGCCGGUCGCGCUCCCGGUCUCGGCGCAUCUCCCUCCGCAAGAAACUGAAGCUGCCGAUCGGGAACUGGCUGAAGCGCUCAUCUCUCUCAGGCCUGACCGACGGGGUGGAGGACCUGCUGGACAUCAGCUCAGUAGACAGGCUGUCCUUCAUCCGCCAGAGCUCCAGGGUGAAGUUCACCAGCGCAGUGAAGCUGUCUGAAGGGAGCGCUGUGGAAUACGGCCGGGACGAGGAGGAGAAUUUCUUCAAGCGGCUCGGUAAAUGGCGGUCCGGCCGAAGGAACCCAUCCAAGCUUCACCACACAGAAGAGAAAGAUGGGUGCCACGGGUUCCAGGAGCGCCUGGCUGCCAGUCAGGAUGCCAUGAAGAACAAAAAUGUGGUGAAUCUGGGUGCCAUUCGCCAGGGCAUGAAGAGGUUCCAGUUCCUCCUGAACUGCUGUGAGCCAGGCACGAUCCCCGAUGCCUCAAUCCUGGCUGCAGCACUUGACCUGGAAGCCCCAGUAGUAGCCAGGGCCUCGCUUUUCCUGGAGUGUGCCCGCUUUGUGCACCGCUGUAACCGUGGCAACUGGCCCGAGUGGAUGAAGGGACACCAUGUCAAUAUCACCAAGAAGGGACUGUCCAGGGGCCGCUCUCCUGUGGUGGGCAAUAAAAGAAACCAGAAGCUCCAGUGGAAUGCAGCCAAGUAUUUCUGUCAAUGGGGAGAUGCUAUUGGUGCCCGUCUGAGUGAGCUCUGCCACUCAGACAGUGAGAGCCCAGCCAACAUCCUGGGCUUCAUCUAUGAUGAAGAAACAAAGCGUCGGAUGAGAAAGGAGGAUGAGGAGGAGGACUUCCUGGAUGACAACACAGUGAAUCCCACCAAGUGUGCCUGUCCUUUUGCUCUCAAGAUGGCAGCCUGUCAGCUGCUGCUGGAGAUCACCACCUUCCUGAGGGAGACCUUCCCCUGCCUGUCUCGCCCCCGUACGGAGCCUCUGGCGGACCUGGAGAGCUGCCGCCUGCGCCUGGACCCAGAGCUGGACCGCCAUCGCUAUGAGAGGAAGAUCAGCUUCGCGGGGAUUAUCGACGACGAAGACGCCCACGACUCCCUGAACAGCAGCAGCCACACGCUCAAGUCUGACACCGCCUGCGACGACAGGAAGUAUCAGGAACCCAGCGCUCCCAUCAGGAAGAUUCGCAUCGGUGGCUCUCGGCUCCUGCAGAUCAAGGGAACCAGGAGCUUCAGGGUCAAGAAAGGUGGGUCCCUGUCCAGUAUUCGGCGGGCAGGCAGCCUGAAGAGCACCAAGAUGUCCCGGCAGGACUCGGAGUCGGAGAACGAAGACAUCGGGCUGUCGCAGAGCAGAGACACCGUGACCGACAUAGGGAGCCCCUGGAGUACCAGUGAGCCAAGCAUUGAACCUGAAGGACUGAGCACCACUGGAACUGAGGACAACUACAAUAGAAACAUGUCCUGGCUGCACAUCAUGAUCUUACUGUGCAACCAGCAAAGCUUCAUCUGCACCCACGUGGACUUCUGCCACCCCCGCUGCUACCAGCACCACAGCCGCUCCUGCGCCCGGCUCGUGCGGGCCAUCAAGCUGCUGUACGGCGACAGUGUAGACGGGCUCAGGGAGGACCGCUGUGCCAGCAACGUCAGCGCCCGCACGAAGAAGAUGAAAGAGUGCUCUGAUAAGUCCUGUCUAAGAACUCCAUCCUUGAAGAAGAGAGUCAAUGACAAAAAUGUGGAGGGGAAGAAGGACACAGGGAUGCUGAAGUACAUCCGCAAUCAGGUGAUGAGCCUGUCCCCAGCCCCCCUGUCCCUUCUGAUCAAGGCGGCCCCCAUCCUGACGGAGGACAUGUAUGGGGACAUCCAGCCAGCGGCCUGGGAGCUGCUGCUCAGUGUGGAUGAGCACAUGGCUGCAGCAGCAGCGGCCAUGUUUCUGCUGUGUGCUGUGAAAGUGCCCGACACAGUCACGGAGAUGAUCAUGUCAGAGUUUCACCACCAGGAGGCUGUACAGAGGAUCAACUCCGUGCUGAAGUUCUACACCCUGUGGCGCUUCAGGUAUCAGGUGUGGCCGCGGAUGGAGGAAGGGGCGCAGCAGAUUUUUAAGAUCCCACCGCCCAGCAUUAACUUCACUCUGCCAUCCCCUAUUCUGGGCAUGCCCUGUGUGCCCAUGUUUGAUCCCCCCUGGGUACCCCAGAACACAGGCAGUGUCCAGGAUCCCAUCAAUGAAGACCAGUCUAAGUCAUUCUCAGCACGGGCAGUGUCCCGCUCCCACCAGCGCGCCGAGCACAUCCUGAAGAACCUGCAGCAGGAGGAGGAGAAGCGGCGCCUGGGCCGCGAGGCCAGCAUCAUCACAGCCAUCCCCAUCACUCAGGAGGCCUGCUAUGAGCCCACCUGUAGCCCCCCGCCUGAGCAGGAGGAGGAAGCAGAAGAAGUCACCAACCUGGCCUCCCGCCGCCUGUCUGUCAGUCCCUCCUGCGCCUCCAGCAACUCCCACAGGAAUUAUUCUUUUCGGAGGGGCUCGAUGUGGUCUGUGCGCUCUGCCACAAGUGCCGAAGAUGAGGAAAAUGCAACAGAGCACACACCAACCCACCAUGUGCUGCAGCCGCCACAGGCCGUGUUCCCAGCAUGCAUCUGUGCAGCGGUGCUGCCCAUUGUCCACCUCAUGGAGGACGGGGAAGUGCGGGAGGAUGGAGUGGCAGUGAGUGCUGUGGCUCAGCAGGUGCUGUGGAACUGCCUGAUCGAAGACCCUGCUCUGGUCCUCAGACACUUCCUAGAGAAACUUACUGUCAGCAACAGACAGAUUUACAUCAUUACUCACAGAAGUAGUUCAGGGACCAAGACGCUGGUGGUGCACGGCCAGAACGAGUGUGACAUUCCCACACAGCUGCCUGUGCACGAGGACACGCAGUUCGAAGCCCUGCUCAAGGAAUGUCUGGAGUUCUUCAAUAUCCCUGAGGCCCGUUCUGCACACUACUUUCUCAUGGAUAAGCGCUGGAACCUCAUUCAUUAUUCCAAGACAUAUGUGCGCGACAUUUAUCCCUUCCGCAGAUCUGUGUCUCCCCAGCUCAACCUGGUGCACAUGCUUCCAGAAAAAGGCCAGGAGCUGAUCCAGAAACAGGUGUUUUCCCGGAAGCUGGAGGAAGUGGGGCGUGUGCUGUUCUUAAUAUCCCUCACCCAACACAUGCCUGCCGUGCACAAACAAUCCCACGUCUCCCUGCUGCAGGAGGACCUUCUCCGGUUACCCUCCUUCCCACGGAAUGCCAUUGAUGCUGAGUUCUCCCUUUUCAGCGAGCCACAAGGUACUUUCCCGAACUUUUGCUAUGGGAAUGAAGAUCUGGCCUUUUCUAUCAGCGAGGCCAUCAAGCUGUGUGUGACUGUAGUGGCCUAUGCACCAGAGUCCUUCCGAAGCCUACAGAUGCUGAUGGUGCUGGAAGCGCUGGUGCCGUGUUUCCUGCAGAAGCUGAAGAAGCAGACAGAGGCCCUGGAGUCAGCUUCUGCAGCCCGAGAUGAGAUCGCCGCCAUUGCUGCCCUGGCCACCUCUCUGCAAGCCCUGCUGUACAGUGUGGAGGCCCUCACCAGGCCCAUGACGGCCCCACAGAUGAGUCGCUGUGACCAGGGUCACAAGGGGGCAACCACUGCCAACCACACCAUGCCCGGAGGAGGAAACACCAGGGAUAACCUGCACUUGCUGGAGGAGGGGCAGGGCAUGCCCCGCGAGGAGCUGGACGAGCGCCUUGCGCGGGAAGAGUUCCGUCGCCCGCGGGAGUCCCUGCUCAACAUCUGCACCGAGUUCUACAAGCACUGCGGCCCGCGGCUCAAGAUCCUCCAGAACGUGGCGGGAGAGCUGCGGGUCACCGCGCUGGAGCUGCUCGACAUCAAGUCGCACAUGAGGCUGGCAGAGAUCGCCCAUUCCCUGCUGAAGCUGGCACCCUAUGACACGCUGACCAUGGAGAGCCGCGGUCUUAGACGGUACAUCAUGGAGAUGCUGCCCAUUACCGACUGGACCACUGAGGCCGUGCGGCCUGCCCUGAUCCUCAUCCUGAAGAGGCUGGACCGCAUGUUCAACAAGAUCCACAAGAUGCCCACGCUGAGACGGCAGGUGGAGUGGGAAGCUGCCAGCAGCCUGAUCGAAGGCAUCUGCCUGACCCUCCAGCGACAGCCAAUCAUCUCCUUCCUGCCUCAUCUCCGCUCGCUCAUCAACGUCUGCGUCAAUCUGGUGAUGGGAGUGGUUGGACCCUCCAGUGUAGCUGAUGGCUUACCUCUGCUCCACCUGAGCCCUUAUCUGUCCCCCCCACUCCCCUUCAGCACUGCUGUGGUCAGACUCGUGGCUCUGCAGAUACAGGCUUUGAAAGAUGACUUCCCUCUUAGUCAUGUGAUCUCCCCAUUCACCAAUCAGGAGAGGCGAGAGGGGAUGCUUCUGAACUUAUUGAUUCCAUUCGUUCUGACGGUGGGGUCAGGGAGUAAAGACAGCCCACACCUGGAGCAGCCAGAAGUGUUCCUGUUGCUGCAGACUGUCAUCAACAUCCUGCUGCCCCCUCGCAUCAUCAGCACCUCCCGGAGCAAGAACUUCAUGCUGGAGAGCUCCCCAGCACACUGCUCCACUCCUGGAGACACUGGCAAGGACCUGCGAAGAGAAGGGCUGGCUGAGUCUACUAGCCAGGCAGCCUAUCUGGCUCUGAAGGUGGUGCUGGUGUGUUUCGAGCGCCAGCUAGGCAAUCAGUGGUACCGGCUCAGCCUGCAGGUGAAGGAAAUGGCGCUGCGCAAGGUGGGAGGCCUGGCUCUCUGGGAUUUCAUCGAUUUCAUCGUCCGGACCAGGAUCCCCAUCUUUGUCCUGCUGCGCCCCUUUAUUCAGUGCAAGUUACUGACCCAGCCGGCGGAGAGCCAGGAGGAAAUCACGGCCCGGCACCACAUUGCCGACCAGCUGGAGCGCCGCUUCAUCCCGCGGCCUCUGUGCAAGAGCUCCCUGAUAGCCGAGUUCAACAACGAGCUGAAGAUCCUGAAGGAGGCCGUUCACAGCGGCUCGGCCUACCAGGGCAAGACCUCCAUAAGCACAGUGGGCACCUCCACUUCGGCCUACCGCCUCAGCCUGGCCACCAUGUCCCGUUCCAACACGGGCACCGGCACCGUCUGGGAGCAGGACAGCCAGCCCUCGCACCAGGCCUCUCAGGACACGCUCAGCCGCACCGACGAGGACGACGAAGAGAAUGACUCUGUGAGUGUUCCUAGUGUGGCCAGUGAGCAUGAUGCCUACCUGGCUAAUGUGAUUGGCCAUCGUCGCUUCUCCAGCCAUGUGACCAGUGUCUCCACUCCACCCACUGAGCCAGGCUUAAGCACUAUGCUGCCCAGUCAGAGUGAACCCAAUGUGCUAGAUGAGUCCCAGGGGAUGAUGGCAGAGAUUAACCUGUCUAGGGUGGCGAGUGUUCAAAGUGAGCCAGGACAGCAGAAUCUCCUCAUACAGCCACCACUGGGGAGGAAGAGGGGUCUCAGACAGCCACGGCGCCCCCUCCUGUCCAGGCAGAAGACCCAGAAUGAGCCACGCAGUCGACCGGGGGCCCGACUCUCCACAACACGCCGGAGUAUACAGCCAAAGACAAAACCACUGGAGCAGAAAAGGUCAGUGACCUUUACUGAGGCGCAGGCCGGUGUGGCCGUGACGUUGCCCCCGGCUACCAGCAAGGACUGCAUCUCCGAGACCAAGAAGCUGAGCCCUGGGGCCAGACCCUCUCCCGCUGCGUCUCCCUCCAUCCCUGCAGAGCUGCGCGGUGCCGUGCCAACGCAGGCGGACGCUGCGGACUCUGGGAACAAGGAGAAGAAAGACCUGGGAAGCCAUCACAGCAGCAUGUCUACACUUCCUCCUCCUCCUCUUCCUCUGCCUUCACCCCAGCGUCCUGUUCUGGGGACCCCACCGCUCCAGGGGCCGCCCCUGCUCACCCCAGAGAGCCCCGAGGAUGAGGAGACAUCUGUCCUGUUGCAGCACACCGACACCGUGCUGCACAUCACUGAGGAGAACGGCACUGAAAAUCCCCUCCUCUCCCCACUCGCCCACUCGCCCUGUGACCCCAAGGAGGGCAAGACCAGCCUGGACGAGCCUCACAUGUAGAAUCCCAGGACAGCCAAGCCAGCACACCAUUCUGGAAUCAGUCUGACCGGUCAAUUGAUCGAUCGGUCGAUCAAUUGAUCAAUUGACCUGUAUUUUUUCAGAAUAGGCUUCUGAGAUUUUCCCACAAAUCUGAUUUUUAUGUCAGCUUUUUGCAGUCCACUGAUGGAGAACGGAGCUUUUCCACGCUCUGCACUAAAAGCAUUCUUUACCUCCUUCCAACCAAAAAAUACAGAAUGUAAUAUUUCACCCUUAAGAAAAUGCGGCAUAAAUACACAAGAUAUCCUACAAAAAAACAACUGACAUAGGGUCAGUUUUUGACAAGCUACUAGGGCCACGAAGCCAGAUGUAAACUGCCAGGGCGUUGCUGCUAGGUAAAUAAAAUGUUUAAAAGUAUGUUGUGAUAGAUUACUAGUGAUCCCUUUGUGUCUUGAGUGAACACAAUAAGAUGCUGUAGUCUGAAUACAAGCAAAAGAUUACAGAGAAAUACUCCAGCUAAAUUCUAGGUGAAAAAAAAAAUACAAACACAAAUACUGUAAAUGCUAUAGUUAAUAACUCUUUAACCAGUUUUUUUGUCGGUAAAUGUUAAAUAUGUCUAAAAGAAGAAAAAAUUAUAUUGAGUCCAGUGAUUUAGGUUAAAUGUUUUAUUCAGCUAGACUUGACAUAUCUAGACAGACAUUGAACAAUAGAAUAUCAAUGGAUAAAAACAAUAAAUAUUCUCACUUUAGGAGAAUAUAAACACUUUAGGCAAAGCAUUUGUCGAUUCUUUUUGUGCAGGUGACCAGCAUGGCUUAGAUCUCACUGUUUAAGGAGUUUCCAGGCAUUUUCUGGAUGGAUGUAGUUUUCCACUAAAUAAGGAAUCAAUCUCUAUCACUCAGAUAACUUGAAAUUCAAAGAGAUUUAUUGAUAUGACUGAUGCUAAAAUUAUGUGUUUCUAAAACAAUUAACAUGACUUUUACAAACCUUUACAACAAAAACAAAGAUCUGAGAUUUUUACUCUCUAAUCCUCAGUGAUCCUCAGCUGCAGCUCUAUUAACUUUCCUCCCCCAAUAGGAUUGUAAGCUGAAUCUUGUGAAUCUUGCAGGAGUGGGAGAUCUGGAAUUAGUAUUUGUUUUUAGGGAAGAAUAUUGAUCUAUUCCUUGAAUAUUUCCUGCAGUGCAGUAAAAAGGAAUUCUCUGUCUCUUCUCCUCCGACUGGCGAUGGGAACACAGCCUGUCCUCUCUGGGAAGCCAGGUCUCCCUGUGUUGCCAGGUUGUUGUCAUUGAGCCUGUAUUUCGUCAGGAUCUGCUUUUGCUUGUUGUCUCUCACCCUGGACAGAUACUCUGCCAGUGGGUUUUGUCUUUUUCAGUGACAAUUUUUGUUGUGUUUGCAGAAUCCUUCUGUUAAAUGUCUGGGGGGAAUUUACUGAAUGGGGAUUAUAAUGUGUAUUUUUGUAUUAUUGAUAAUAUUACUCAGUAAUUCUGUAAACAGUAUAUAUUCAAUCAAUAUGUAUAGUAUGGAAUUAAUACAGAUUCUGAGUAUGGAUAGGAAGAUAGAGAGGAAUGGUUGAGGUUAAAAUAAUGAAGCUAAAAAAGGAUGACAGUCAGAUUAUAGAUCAGUUUUGUAUGAAUGUUCUGGGUUUGAAGAUGAGAUGGGUUAAAUUGCUGGGUUAGUGCUGGGAGUUGCCUUCCACAGGAAAUAAAAUAUAUAAGUAAGAAUUCUAAAGGAGUAGCCAAAUGACAGGGAGCAGAGUGAUAUACAGUAUGCAAGUAAUAAAUCAGGUCUUCACUAGGUGCUGACUCUCAUGUAUAUCUCUAUAUAUUUGGUGUCAUGUAUUUCCUCAAAAAUGAAUACAUAUCAUGUAGCUUAUUACUUUGUGUUUGGAGAACUUUUUUGCUUUACUCACAGCACUGUUAACUUCAAAGGGAUCUACAGCAGAAGAAUUUUUAUUUUUUGACUGCCUCAUGUACGUUAGCGCAAGACGAUAUUAAGAAUUAGAUGAACCUAUUUAAUUCUUUGCGGAAAAAAGUCAAACAUUUUCAAAUGCCAUAGCAAGGAAGUGAAGAAAUUGUCUGGAGAUGUAAAUCGCUCAUUCUUUGAUAAAGAGAACAUCCAGUUCAGGUUUCAGAAUUCUCUACUGCAGCCAAAGAGGUUAUACUGGAAGAACACUGGGUUGCAAAAGCUAGAAAUCCAGGUGAGAGUUUAUUGUGAAAUCAACUCACUGUGAAUAUCUUUUUUUUUUAAGUACUGUAAUCCUUCUACUUCAGUUGUGUAAAACCUAUGUUUUGCCGCACAUAAACCAUGCCUUAAAACUGACAAUUACAAAAAUAGUCUUCAUCUGAUUUGGGGGAUUUCUACCCAUACAUUCCCCAGGUCCCUAAAACCACAAACUUCCCAAUAGGUUCCGAGCUCAGAGUGCUUCGCUGCUCCUUGUUUGGUAAGCGAAGAUUUGUCGGAUUUCCUGCUCAUUCGAAAAGUAGCGGAGAAAAGCACUGUGCUGCAAGAAUGGUGCCUUGUUCCCUUAGAGAAUAAACGAAUGGAAAAGAAAGAUAUUGAUAAGAAGAUCUUUUUGUUUAUUCUAUUAAAUGUUAUGGAUACAGUAAUAGCAGAGUAGAUCUGGUGCCUUAAAAUGUAGCACUGCUAAAUUGUAAUAUUUCCCGUAGGUAUGACCACGCGUCCCUGCUUUUGUCUGUAUCAAUGCCUGAAUAGACUAAACCGCUUCUCAUGCAAAUAAAUAGAAUCCUUAUUAUUUGUUCUACUGUAUGUUGAAAACUCCAAAUUGAUUACUUUACAGCUGAUUGGCCUGUGACUGUCGUGCAGAUUAACGUACAAGUGUGUUGUGAUGUGUUAAUUAAUUUGAACUGUGACAUGUACAUCCUAACUAGAUACACUUAAAGCAGCAUCUCUAUUGUUUCACUGUUGCUAUGGCUGAUGUAAUUUAUUGUUCACGAGAAAAACGUUUCUAAACUAAGGUUUACAAUUUGGUAGAACCUGUGAUGAAAAUAAAAACUCAAAGGAGAUGCUGUACUAAAUCAAACAAAUCUGAUACAUUUCCACAGAAAUCUGAUCCUAGGCUUUCGAAUUCCAGGAAAAAAGUGUUUGAAUGUACUGUUUUUUUUUUGCAGUGAGACAUUGUGUCAUAGAAGAUAACUGUAUUUCAAGAUAUAAUUUUUUGUAAACGUGUAUCAUUGGCUCUGUACUGUAGAUGUAUUGUCUCCUGUGUUAAAGAUUUAUAUAUUAAAAUAUAUAUGUAUGUACACAUAUAUUAAA